AAGUUAUAUAAUACUAGUACUGUCGGUCCGACCCAUAUUGCUUUUCACUGAGCACCUCCGAACAGGUAUCAUGUGUGGGCAGGUUGUUCUUGUCUAUUGUGAGUUGUCAUGGUGCCAUUGUUGUCUCUCAGUCAAAAACGUCACGGGCUUGUGAAGACACUGUCAGAAACUGUAGGCAGUACAAUUAACGUUGGCUUGCGUGCCGUGCAAAUACUAAUACCAGUGAUAGCCGGAUUUCAAGAACCCACGUCACAAUAGCUAUGUUUAACACACAUAUGCUUGAUGAGUCACCUGAUAUUUAGGGUUUACGAAACACAAAAGGCUAUUCUUAGCAGGUGACGUCUUGCGUUUUGAAUCGGCUACCUGGUGUGUGUCUGACGUCAACCCUUAAUUUUCCCGUAUCCCGAAGGACUAGUUGUAUAACAGCACUCGGCAGAAGACUAGGCAAGGUUUCUGGUGUGUGAUGCCGGAUCUGUGGACAGUAUUUGUCGUCUUGUCAUUCGAAUUUGCUCUCAGUGGACAAUCGACAGCAGUUGCAAGCCCAGGGUACGUAACCCUGGGGUGCUGGAAAGACUCGAGCGAUCGCGCCAUUCCCAUACUUGAGGGGACGGACCCACGACUGGACGGCCAGUACAGGGAACGUGAGAAUGCCAUCGAGAAGUGUUUCCAGGUAGCAGUGUCCCGCGGCUUCCCCGUGUUCUCCGUACAGCAUGGCGGGCAGUGUUUCGGGUCUGCCGACGGGCUGAGCACGUAUAUGAAGCACGGACCGUCCUCGGACUGCGCAGCGGACGGCAAAGGCGCGGCCUGGGCCAACCAAGUCUACCAGAUUACAGCAGGGUACAGAAGUCUGGGUUGUUGGGCCGACACUGAUGACCGCGCCAUCCGGACACUCGAGGGGACAGAUCCACGCCUGGAUGGCGGAUAUCAGCAACGAAACGACUCCGUUGAGAAGUGUUACCAGGUAGCACUUUCUCGGGGCUUUGCGGUGUUUGCUGUACAGAAUGGCGGCUGGUGCGCCGGAUCGGACACGGCGCGUCAAGGCUACAGCAAGUACGGACCGUCCACGGCCUGCGGUAGAGACGGGGAAGGCGGGCCAUGGGCAAACCAGGUGUACGAGAUAAUACUGAUUGGAGGGUGUGAAAACAGAAGCACAGACGACCAGUACGUGUUCAGGUGGAACCUGACCGCUAUCGACUCCUCGUCCCUUUUUACUUUUGAAGUCCAAGCGAACAACGACGCCCAUGUGGCCCUGUCGUCUCAAAACCAGGACCUGGACGAUAUGUACGAAAUCGUUAUCGGUGGCUGGAACAACACAAGGUCCGCCAUUCGCCGCAGCAAACAGGGAGCUAACCGGGCAUUCAGCUCAACACCAGGUAUUCUAUCAUCCACGGAGUCUAGAGGUUUUUGGAUAUCCUGGACUGCGACCGGAAGUAUUAGUGUUGGAAGACAAGGAGAGGCGCACCCUUUUCUGGAGUGGACGGACCCUCAGCCGCUCCAUGUGGCUUAUGCCGGCUACACGACCGGGUGGGGAAGCACGGGGCAGUGGAGGUUUUGUCCGUCACUUACAGGACCAAGGACAGUACCUCAACCGUCAUCUUCAGGCGGGGGACUAAACGGUUUUCAAUAUUUGGGCAUAUUUGUUGGAUUUAUGAUGAGUUUGGUUUGUUUGCAACACGGAAAACAAAGGCUGCAAAACAAUGAUUGGAACUUCGUCCGGGCCUUCUCAUGCUGGCGACGAGAUGCACAGAACUCUAACAAUAGCUCUGACACUAACGACCAAGGGUACGAUAACCCGCCGUCUUAUCCAGAGGUUGUAAUAUCAGUGGUCGAAGUAGAGCCAUCAGCCUCUUCAGAAGAUCCUCCAUCUUAUGCAAAUGCUUCUUCAGAGGACCCUCCUCCUCCUCCUUCAUACGAGGAUGCCUUGAACAUGCCAAAGUGAUUCCUUCAGUGACUGGUCUGUCAGGAUGUGACAUGGAAUGUUGUUGUUAUUUCAGGACAAAAUAGAGACCCUGGAUCGGGAGGAGGAGGAGGAGGACUAAGUGGUCUGCACAUAGCCGGCAUAGUUGUGGGAAUCGUGGUGUUUUGCGGCUGUAUAACUGGUAACCGUAGGGGGAGGGGCCAGCCUGCUGCCAGACCACCUUCUAGGCCUGCACCAGCAACCCCAGCAACCCCACGGAACCAACACAACGUUAACACAAACGGUCUCACAACCUCUGUGAGCUUACAAGACUUGGCCAGUGACAGUUCUAGCCUAUGGUCCAUUCGUCUUUCAAAUUCCUUAAACGAUGUACGUGCUGACACUGUGUCUAUGAAUGGUAUAGACAAUACAGGCGCAGUGUAUGAUGAACCGCCGUCUUACCCAGAAGUAUCUACAUCAGUGGUCCAAGUACAUCCUUUGUCCUCCGAGGAUCCACCUUCAUAUGCUAAUGCUUCUUCAGAGGACCCUCCCCCUCCUUCAUACGAGGAUGCUUUGAACAUGGC